CUUUCGUUUAUUUUGACAUGUCAGCAAAUAAUAUGAAUAGGUCCAAGUCAUUGACUCGACCUGAACGUCAACGACCUCGAACUGGUAUUAUCAAUUCAAACCCUAAGCUUCACAGACAGUAUCCUCAGCCUUUGCCCGACCAUUUGAGGACUAAGCUAGCACAGCAGAAACAGAAUUAUCAUAGACAGGAGCCCGUACAAGAAAAAAAAAUAAAAAAAAGAAAAGAACCAAAUGUGCUUAAUAACUGGUGGGCAUGGAUAGCCUUCAUAUGUACCUGCUGCUUUCCGAAUUGUAUUAUUCGCUUCUGCUUUAACAAACCAAACAAAGGGAUGCAACAAGCUUGGCGUGAAAAAGUUGCCCUGUGUUACUUGGUAGCCUUUCUUUGUGGUGCUUUAGCUUAUAUUACUUACGGUCUAAACAUUAAUCUUUGCCCUUCUAAUCAAUUGACAUUUCCUUAUUCAACCAAAGAUAGUAGAGGAAGACGUGCCGCCAUCUUUAGACAAGAUAAAGUAUACGUGUUUGGUCAAGUGUAUAACUUUGAUACGAUGCAAAAUUAUUUCGCUCUUCAUUCUUUGAAUCUGACGACGGAUUUCAGAGGCAUGGAACUGAGCUCAAUCUUUGAUGGUGAUACAGACAACAGUUGCGCUUAUUUCUAUCACAAUGGCCUUGAUCCUACUUUACCUAGUUGUAAUCUGACAAGCAAUUCAGGCAAUACAUUGAAGCAAUUGAAUGGUGCAUGUCUUUUAUUGGCCGAUUUGCAUGCAUACAGCAACAAUGGCAAUUAUCUCAGCUUCGAAUGGAUGGACAUCCGUCCUCAUAACCUUGGCCUUAUUGGUAACACGGUAGUCAAUUUGACACACUAUCUUGAUGAUAGUAUAUUGCUACCUGGAAUAGGCAAAACCAUUCAAUCGAACCGAGGUAAUGAUAUGACGUACGCCCUAUCCUAUACAAAAGCAGGGAAGCAUGCACAAGCAUGUCUUUUGGCUCGAUACAGUGCAGGCAUUGCUUCUGAAGAAGUGGCCAGUUGCAUUGCUGACAACAUUAUCAUGGUUGUUCUGUUUAUUGUGAUCCUAAUCAUUAUUGCUAUUCGGUAUUCUAUGGCUUGUCUCUUUCAAUGGUUUAUUUCGCAUCGUCUUGUCAAGCCCGGUGGUAGAUCCAAUUGGCUCGCUUGGCGUUCAAUUAAAGGAGGCAAUGAUGAUCCUGCUAAUCAUAUUCCUGGCCCAUACAACGAUUAUCGAUUCAUGACAGAUUCCGCUCGUAUGCCAAAUUCUUCUUCUCAAACAAAUACCAUCAGCAAUCGCACAGAUAUUGUUCAUACGAAGCUUUAUACUGUUAUGCUUGUUACUUGCUACUCUGAAGGCGAAGAAGGACUAAGGACUACAAUGGAUAGCUUGGCCAGCACAACUUAUUCAGACAAGCACAAGAUCUUCUUUGUAAUUGCUGACGGUUUAAUCACAGGUGCAGGAGAAACAAGAUCCACACCGGAUAUUGUGGUUGAUAUGAUGGAUAUCUCACCUGCCAUGACCAACCCCAAAGCUUGUUCUUACCUUGCAGUAGCUGACGGUGAAAAGCAAUUGAAUAUGGCUAAGGUAUAUGCGGGCCAUUACAAGUCUGUUCCUUGUAUUACGGUUGUCAAAUGCGGCACAGAAGAAGAACAGCAAGGGUCUAAGGCUGGGAAUCGUGGUAAACGAGACUCUCAAGUUAUUUUGAUGUCCUUUUUCCAGCGUGUCUUGUUCAACGAUCGCUUAACUGAGCUCGAUUAUGAUAUUUUCUGGAAAAUGACAUGGCUUAUGAAAGGUGUUACACCUGAUAAAUUCGAGACAGUAUUAAUGGUGGAUGCAGACACACAAGUUUUGCCUGAUGCAUUGACAUAUAUGAUGGCUGCUAUGGCAAACGAUAUCACAAUCAUGGGGCUAUGUGGUGAGACGCGUAUCGCCAACAAACGAGCCUCUUGGGUGACGGCUAUUCAAGUGUUUGAAUAUUAUAUUUCACAUCAUUACUCUAAAGCAUUUGAGUCCUUGUUUGGCAUGGUCACUUGUUUACCUGGAUGCUUUAGCAUGUAUCGAAUCAAAUCACCCAAGAAGGGUUCUUGGGUACCCAUUUUGGCUAGUCCUGAUAUUAUUCUUGAAUACAACCAGAACGUGGUUACUACAUUGCAUGAAAAGAACUUACUACUUUUGGGUGAGGAUCGUUUCUUGUCUACAUUAAUGUUGCGUACAUUUCCUAAACGACAAAUGAUGUUUGUACCACAAGCGCGAUGUCGUACUAUUGUACCUGAUGAAUUUGGCGUAUUGCUCUCUCAACGACGUCGUUGGAUUAAUUCAACUGUGCAUAAUUUGAUGGAAUUGGUACUUGUGUCUGAUUUGUGUGGCAUAUCGUUCCUGUCUAUGCAAUUCUCUGUAUUUAUUGAUCUGAUCGGCACACUUGUACUUCCCGCUGCUAUUGUCAUGUCUAUCUAUCUCAUUGUCCAGACAGCUAUCACUCCAAAUCCUCAAUGGCAAUCACUAGGCUUAUUGAUUGCUGUCUUGUUUUUACCUGCUAUUCUUAUUAUACUCACUACAUUCAAGCUCAUUUAUGUUUUGUGGUUAAUUAUCUAUAUAUGUGCUUUGCCUAUCUGGAAUAUGAUCCUCCCUCUUUAUUCUUUCUGGCAUUUUGAUGAUUUUUCGUGGGGCGCUACUCGAGUAGUUGUGGGUGAAAGAAAGGGAGAAGCGCACGGUGAUGCUGACGGUGAUUCUGACGGUCAGUUUGAUCAUAAGCGUUUAAUUCUUAAGCGCUGGGAAGACUGGGAAGCUGAGCGAACAGGAACUCGUGCAAAUCGCAAAAUCCAACCAAGAAUACCAAGCAGCGUCUUUUACCGCAAAUUGACGUGACCAUAUUGGUUUUCUAUUGGCAUUAAAAAAUUUUUUAUUUAUUUUCGUUUGUUUGUUUUCUUUAUUCUUUUUUCUUCAUACUUUCAACAGAACCCAAGUUCCAAG